GCCAUCCAAACACGGAAACCAUAAAGUAAUUGUAUAGUACUAGGCAAACGUUGCCUGUAAAAGUUAAGUGAAAGCUUGUUUACUCGACUAUCAUAUUCGAAAUUACAUCAUUCCGACCGAUCUCAACUAACUCUCGUUUCACGCCUAACAAUAACUUAAUGGGAAGUGAUACACCCAAGUACCCUAGCGAAUCAAGUGGCUAUCCCGAUCAUAAUUUCAAAGCGUAUUGUGAGAGUAAAUAAUAAUAAUGUACACCGAUCUAACUUAAUAUACCUAUGAACGAAUGUAGACCGAGUCCCUUGACCGCGCUAUAACAGCCAACCCAGGAGCUGCUAUCAUCCUAACCGGGGACUUCAACCAAUUCAAACACCGCCAAUUGUGCAAUUCGUUUUUCUUAAAACAGAUUGUGAAGAAUGCUACUAGAGGAUCAAACAUUCUUGAUAAAAUAUUCACGAACAUUUCGAAAUUUUACGACGUUCCUGAAGUUGUUCCUCCACUCGGAUUCUCAGACCAUAACUCAGUUUUACUAAAUCUACUGAAUCAUCGUAGGAACUCACGGUCCUUCCGAAUGGUUAGAGAUGCGCGUCCCUCCAAUCGGAGGUUAAUCACUGAAGCCCUAUCCAGUGUUAACUGGUCUCCAAUGUAUCAUCUGGGCUCUUGUGACGAACAGUUCCAAUAUUUCUUUUCCCUUGUCGAUGGUAUUGUUGAUAAAUAUCUCCCGCUGAAGCGUAUUAAAUCUGACAGCAGCGAUAAGCCCUGGAUUACUCCGGAGAUAAAAAGAUUAAUAUCGAAACGCCAAGUGACCUGGCGCAGAGGAAACAAGCCUGUUUCGAUUCUAUAGGAACAAAAUUAACAAUUUGUGUAGGCGUGCUCGCUCAAAGUGUCAGUCGAAUCCACGGAAGUGGUGGUCCGCUGUCAAAAAUAUUGCUGGCCUUGCCCAAUCUAAAAACGUUUCCACACUUGUGUACAACGGACAGCCCUAUUCCGAUUCGGCUCUGACCAACCUGUUUAAUGACAAGUUUGUUGCCGUUGGGAAUUCCCUGCCUCCGCUUGCUUGGACGCCCCUGGAAGUCGGUGAUUUUCCUCCCGACUUUUACAUUUCAGUCUUUUCAGCUGCAGGUCCUGACGAAAUCACAUCUUGGUUCCUCCGUGAAAAUUCCUCGUUAUUAUGUCGCCCAUUAGCAUCCAUAUUUAAUGCCUCUUUUCAUGAUAGUUGUGUUCCAUCCCUGUGGAAAUCUGCAAAUGUCAUCCCCUGCCCUGGAAGUCGACUCUGAUUUUCGACCGAUAUCGCUCACGCCCAUAGUGAGUAAGAUUCUGGGAGUCAUUUCCAUAUAACGGGCUCUUGCAGUCAAUCCGCGACCAAAUUGAUAAACUCCAAUUUGGCUCAAUUAAAGGAUCCAACACCACCAUGGCGCUAAUACACCUGCUUCAUAAAUGGUACGAAGCGAUGGACACACCUGGAGCCUGCCUACGGAUAUGCAUGCUAGACUUUUCUAAAGCUUUUGACCGUAUCGAUUUCAACAUUCUGAUGCAGAAACUCAUUAACAUGCGCGUACAUCCUAUUCUAAUUAAUUGGAUUGCCAACUUCCUUACUGACAGAAGUCAGAGAACAAGAAUUGGCUCUAAUUUUUCGAGUUGGAGAACUACCAACGGAGGAGUCCCCCAAGGAACCAAACUGGACCCCCUUCUCUUCCUCAUCAUGGUGAACGACUUGAAUGUUUCUGACGAUACGGUGAAAUUUGUUGACGACACCAAUAUCUGGGAGAUUGUCUUGAAGGAUCAAGAAUCCAACUCGGUCCUACCGUCUCAAAUUACAGAAUCUACUAAAUGGGCUUCUGAGAAUAACAUGAAACUGAACCCUACAAAAACAAAAGAAGUUCGUGUCGAGUUUUCUCCUCUUGAUCCCGGGGCUCUUCCGCCAAUCACCAUCGACGGUUAUGAUAUAGUUGUGGUCCCGCAUGCUAAAUUACUUGGUGUCAUGAUCUCUAAAGAUCUUAAAUGGAUCGAGCACGUUGAUUAUAUCUGCUUGCAAGAAAGCUUCGAAGCGGUUGUAGCCUUUGUUUAGCUACAUUCUUACCUAGAACUAUCAAAAUUAACAACUUGUAAAUAAGGAGUGUUUGUAGACAUUUUUACUCAUAUGCAUGUAAACCAGUGUAAUUCAGUUUUUAACUGCAAAAUUGGUAUCUUUUAAUAAAUUGAAAUUGAAAUAUAACACAUUUGUUGUUAACAGGGGGCAAUUCUCGAACCAGCACUUUUGGCCUACAAUGAAUUGACGCAAAUAAUCUUUGGAAUAACGGGCAAAAUGUGCAAAAUAGACAAAACAACGUGAUUUGUGCGCUCUCGCAUAUAAAGAAAAUGCCUUUUUGAAGAUUUAGAUUAUUAUCAGUGGCCUAGAGAAGUCCAAUGGACCUGCCACAUUGGAAUAUAUUUGGAUAUAUUUGUGUGACUGUCAUUGACAGGAGAUGUCCUUGAGAUUGCUACACACAAUGCUACUCUUUUCAAAGAUAUUUAUAAGGUGUUACAGGGUUCGUACAAAAAUUGAAAUUGUUUUUGUUCAUGUCUUACAGCUAUUUGAAAUUCAUUAAAGUUGCCGUUUGAACAGUUUAACGUCACUUUUUACUGAAUUCUAUUAAACACCUUCGUUUCAACCCUUUCCUGACAGGCUGUAGCUACGAACCCUGGUGUUAGUACCGUCAGGUGAGAAUUUUCUUUGACGUUUCUUCUCCAAAUAAUGACUAGUAUGGCAUCGGUAUGAACAUUCCAUUUCUACGAGCAAAACAAACAAAAGAACUAGAAAAGUGCGAAAGCAAUUGAGAUUUAUGUAUGAGCCCCCCAAUAUGAGCACUAUAUAUUGCGUAUCUCCACAGUAUAAUAUAUUGCGUAUCUCCACAGUGUAAUAUAUUGUGUAUCUCCACAGUGGUUUCUACAUGAAAGAUCUUGGUUUUUUCCAUCUGACAUUUGUAUCUCUAUUUUCUCUAUAAAUGAGCCGGCCUAAAACAAUAUUGACAUUCCUUAAGUAUGAGGUAACGGUCAUUUCGUAUGCGUUCUAGUGGUCUCCGCAUAGAUGUGCCAAACACGUUUUACAGUUGGUUUUAGUUGCCCAUUUUUGAGUCCCCACCAGACCCCACCCACAUCAAUGCCAUCAAUAAUGAGAACAAAUACACUGUCACACGGCAAUUGCUUGAAGCCUUGAACUUCACUGGAAUUCACAAACCAUACACAAAGUUAAAUGCUUGAAUUAACAAAUAUAAAACAUUUUCCGUGUUGAUAUACAGUUAUAUCAACACGAGUGGAAAUUGGGAAAACGAGAAAUUGUGUGUUUCACACAAUUUCGAGUUUUCCCAACUUCCACGAGUGUUGAUAUAACUAUAUAUCAAUACGGAAAAAAUGUUUUAUAUUUGUUUUAUAAUAUAGCAAUGUCAAAAGCCCGAAGAAUAAGAAAAAUUUCCGUGUUACAAGCGGCGGAAAAUUUCCCGUGUUGACAUGGAGUUAUAUCAACACGGCUCUUAGCCAAUCAGCGUUCAGAAUUUACAAAUGCUAUAUUAUAAUAAACGUUAAUGAUUAGUAAGAAUGUAAGGAGUCGUUGGAACAGUUUGUAACACGUCUGCAUGUUGACAGUGAGUAACGACUUGUCCACACGUUUGAAUCAAGCACUGCAAACACAAUCUGAUAUUAGCUUGUUGAAAUGUAACACGUCUGUUACAGGCCAGCGUAACUUUUUUGACGUGUGUAAAAUGCUUUCAUCCAUACAAUUUCGUCGGGCAAAUUUGGAAAAUAUUUGAGUGUUUGAGCAGUCAAUAUGAAUAGUAAUUAAUGAUACUUUACAAACGAGGAUGAGAGUUGCGAACAUAGAAGUAAAGGCCAGAUUACACCACAGAACGAUACGAUAACUUGUAUACGCGCGUUGAUUGGUCAAAAAUUUAUCGUUAUUUUCCGACUGAAACUAAAAUUGCUCGGGUGAGCCGUGAGCGAUUUUAGAAUCGGUUAUCGUCAAACGAUAAUUUUAUCAUUUUCGUUGUAGUGUUGACACCAACAUAAUUUUUUUUGCCAAUCAUCGCGUGUUUACAAGUUAUCGUAUCGUUAUCGUUACCCCUUCAUGCUUAGUUCUUAUCGAUCAUUUUUUUAUUGGGAUUUGGCACCUUUAAUACCUAUAAACGGAUCACUUCAUUUAGCCAAUAAGAUUAUGAGCUUUUUUGCAUCGUGAUCUGAUUGGUUAAAAUGAAGGCAGACCAGAAAGUAGACGUAUGUUUUUAGUCCUAAGCCCCUCUGUGUCUAAAGUCCUUUGGUUAAAUCCCCCUGAAUAUAAGCCCCUCCGUGUCUAAAGUCCAUUGGCCCAUUUAGUGGCAGCUCUCUUCCCCUGACGAGUAAAAUUAUCUGGUGUUAGACAGAGUAAAUAAUAAAGUAGGGUGCAUCUGGGUGCAUUGCCACUUAAAGGGUUAUUAACAGAGCGACAGCGAUUCCAACAGCUCAGACAAGUGACAAUAAUUAGAUUACAGUAUUGUAAUGUAUAGAUUAUAAUUAAUAAUUAUACACUGUAUGUUUGUACAUAUUUCUUUUCAUUCAUGGUAUAGUUUACAGGUACAAUAACUAUAAUUAUUACUAAGUAACAUCAAAUGUUGUUCGGUAAGCCCCAUUAAGUCCUCCAUGUAUAAGCCCAUCAAUAUUUAUGGUAUAGUUGCAUGUUGGGUUUCACUAAAGCUGGGUGCACAUACUACGAUUUCAAUCAGCCAAUAGACACUUUGCUUGCUGACAAUGAAAACUACUUAUUUUCAAUGGAUUACAUUGUUUACCUCGAGUUCAAGAUAUUGUUUUGUGUCAGGAAAAUUCAAGAAGUGUGUAUUUAUGGUUUUGGUGUUGAAACAAAAUCCAGUCUGUAGUACGAUAUUUAAUAUGGACUUGGGUACCGUUAGUAGGUGGGACAUGGGGACCAUUAUUGGGUGGGACUUGGGGACUGUUAGUAGGUGGGAAUUGGGGACCAUUAGCAGGUGGGACUGGGACAAUUGGGGGAGAGUUAGUAGGUGGGACUUGGGGACAAUUAUUAGGUGGGACUUGAGGACUGUUAAUAUUUAGUAGGUAGAACUUGGUGGGACUUGGGGGAAAGAAAGUAGAAAGAACAGCUCCUAGACCAAUGUCAGAAGCGUUCUUUUGCAACACAAAUUCUUGGUCAAACUCAAAGUAACAUAAUAUUGGUGCGGAGCAAAGUAAUUGUCUAUUAAGUUGUUCAAAGGCCGCAGUACAUUCAUCAGUCCAAACAAAAUUAUUGCUGUACUCCUUUGAAGUGAGUUUCAUUAAAUGUUGUGCAACAGUAGCAUAAUUAAGUCUAGACAUGAUUUAUGAGUAUAUCUAUAUUAAUGAUAGCAUUCUGCAUUUAUUCUAUAAUGCAACUUUCACUCCCAUUUUACCGCCAGCUCACAUUGAGUCUCAUCAAUUUUGAGCUGGUUCAAAUUUUGAUGCAAUUAAGUUAAUUAGUGUGAAUGCAAGUAACUUCAAUCCACUCUCAUCAACUAUUUUCCUCGUUUGACUUGAAAAGCUUUCAUGCAAAAAAUCACUUGCCUGUUCUCUCACUUUAUAACCAAGGCUUCACAAGCUUGUUUAACAAACGUUCAAGUUUUGAAAUUACUGUCAGAUUCCACGUGUAUGAUAUUAUUAUUAUAAUUAUAAAACUCGUCUAUGUGUUUAACUUAAUACGGCACAUUCUAUGUUUUUUAUAUAUUUUAAAAGUUUACAAAGUGUCUCACUGACUCUUGAAGUUCUCUUAAAAUUUAAAUCCUCUGCAGAUUUCAAAGCAGUGUACGUCAUGAUACUACACAAACCACGUUCGUUUAGACUAAUAGUUUUCUUUAAUGUAUUUAUCUGCGGACUUCAAUGCAUCCUGAGUGUCAUGGUACCGUACCAACUGGCAAGCUCUUGCAAGAGUUGCCCAUUCAAAACCUUGAUGUUCAUCAGACAAUUUUAUUCUACAUUCCUGGUCAGUCAACUCUGCUAGCCAAUAUAUCACUUUCUUUAAAACGCCUUUCACUGGAUAUUCCAAAACAAUUUUAAAAUCCCUAAUAACAUUCAAGGAUUGGCUAGUUAUUCCUGCUUCCUCUUCCGUUUCUCUGAAAGCUGUUUCUUCGUCACUUUCUUCUCCCUCGACAUGUCCUUUUGGUGGCGUCCAAUGAUGACUACCAUAUGAUGUUUGAAGUAGAAGAUAUUCAACAGGAUUAUUUAAAAUACGACGAAAUAUUAUCAAACCCGAAGCUCUCCCUCCUGCACGUGCCGCCAUCUUGGAAACAAAUUGCCUGUAUUUUAGGGUGUCUGUUCGUACCUGCACAGCCUGUACAUAAAAUCGUUCAAAACAUCAGAAUUUUCAUGAAUUUGCAACGAGGAAAGGAAAAUAAAAAUACAAGUUAUAAAAGCAAAGAAAAGCGAAGAGUAUGUAUGGAAAUAAUAGUUCAAGAAAUUGUUUUAAUGCAAACCAACAAUCGUACUGGCCUCGUGGUACAAUUGAGCAGUCUGGUGUCAGUGGACGAGAUCGUGGUGAGCAAAAUGUAUUUCCAAACCAAAAGUCUCAUUUUAAUCCCAGGGAUCGUCCUUCAAAUUUCAACUCCCAGUCUACAUAUACACAGAGAGAUCUGCAACAAUAUGGAGGUGACUAUAAUUCACAUCAAACUGCAAUGAAAGUUGGUCAUCAACAUGAAAGAUUUAUUAACAAUGCAACAAUGGUUCCAACACAUAAUAUAAACUGGGUUAAUAGUUCAACCAAGUUCUCAUCUGAACAUCAUAAUUCAUUUUACCACAUGGGAAAUAACUCAGUAUAUAACACCCAAACUGGUAAUUAUGACGGAAAUACUUUGCUGCACGCUAUCAACCAGGGAAAUAACUCGAUAUAUAACUCUCACACUGGUAAUUAUGAAGGAAAUAUUAUAUCACAAGCUAUCAACCAAUCACAUGCAUUAUCACAUGGUGGUCAUUAUGGUCAGCCAUUCCAUCAAAAUAACAUACCAUGUUCAACUAUAGAACAUCAUGGUCAUAGAAAUUUUCAUGCCAACAAUGUUUCAAUACAUCCCAAUCAAGUGUCAUCACAAACUCAUGAUAGUCAGGAAGAUGCUGACAAAAUGUGGUUGAAGCAGUGGCUAGAACAACAUCAUGUACAAACUACAAAUGGUAGCAAACCCAGAAAAACUCUCAAGGUUAGUCAAGGUCUUACACUUACCCACAGAGUAAAAUACUAAAGUUUGGUUCAUAUUUGCAGCUUAAUAUGUCUCAAUCAUGAUUUUUUUCUGCGUUGGUGUUGUGUACUCAGGUGAAUAUGAUGUUUGUGGUGUUACUCUGAGUGCAUAUCCACAACGGGCGAGCUUGAAAAAUAUGCCCGGCCACGGUGGGAAUCGAACCUAUGACCUUUGGAAUACUAGCCCAAUGCUCUGCCAACUGAGCUACGCGGUCAGGACGGUUCGAGUAAGUGAUAUUUUGGAACAGAAUCUAGUUCCUUCGACACCAGUGUAAUCUUGUAAUCGGGCAUAAUUUUUGGGCAUAUUUUCAGGCAUAAUUUUUGGGCAUAUUUUCAGGCAUAUUUUUCAAGCUCGCCCGGUGUGGAUAUGCACUCAGAGUAACACCACAAACAUCAUGUCUCAAUCAGUUUCAAUAUUUCAUGGGUGCCCAUCCCCCCCCCCCCGGCAUUUGUCGGGCAUUUGUCAUUUUGGUGAAAAACCGUUGGAAAUGCCCCACCAUGGGGUCAAAAUAGUGCAACAAAAUCCCCACCCUUCGACAGACCUGGAAAUAGUGGUGGAUCCUGGGAACCACGUUCCUAGAAAAUUUUUUGAUUGCUAGAAAAGAUUUUCAAUUUUCAAUUGUAAUGUUUCUAAUUUGUGGUAAAUAAAAUUGACUUGACUUGAAAUUUUCUUUGGCAGAAAGUUUAAUUAAUUUGAAAUUUCUUUAAAAAAAUUAUCCAUAAAAAUCAACAAAAAGGUUAAAGGUCUAGGGUACAGUCCGUAUGUAAACAAAGCCUUUGUUUACAUUUCGGUUUUCAAAAUAUUGAACUUUAUUCGACAACUAUUUAUAUAUUAAUGCCUCUACAGUAUAAUAAAUUAUCAAGAUACAACAAUCAGGCUUUGCAAGAACAUAAAAUGAAAUAAAAACCUAAUUAAAAUUGCAAUAGGUUAAAUAUUUUUAUUCUUUUAGUAAUAAGGAGAUGUUGUUAACAGUGAAGCCUGUGAAGCACAGUUAAUGCUGUUAAACCAACUAAAUUUUAUGAUAGUUUUCAAAGAAAAUGUCCCCCCCUGGCUAGGAUUUCCUGGUCUGCCGUUCGACUUACAUUGAUGCAAAUGCCCCACCCUUGGGGACAAAAUAGAAGUUUCCUGAGGAUUUCUGAACCAAAAAAUCGAAUGCAGGCACUAUCUCAUCAAUAUAUUUGUAUUUAAAAUUGAUUCUGUAGUUAAUAACAAACUCCGUACUCUGUCCAUGGUUAUGGUAAAACAAGCGACAGAUAUUUGACUUUUUGGCCUGAAACAAAUUCCCCACCCCAGAGCUAACUUGCAGAAAGCAAAUGCCCGACCCUGGGAACAAGUACAGUUGACAAACCACGGUGGGCAUAAAAGACAGCGAAUUUGGCCAAGUACAUAUAACUUUUUCUCGUUAGUUUGGAAUAUCACGAAACUCCCUCACAGGAUAGAACUUAACAUUCCUAGAAAUCGUAUGUUUUUUGUUUUUCGAUUUUGUUACAUUUUGGCGGGAAAAUGACGUGCCAACUUUGGCGCCAAAAAAAUAAACACGAGCUAAGAACAUGCUAGUAACUUUUUCGAAAAGAUUGUCCUGUAAGGAUCUCAAAAUUGUAAAAACAUUAAAAAUACAACAAGGCAGUGCGAAGAUAUGGCGAUUCAAAGUUCGAAAAAAAUCUAUUUUUAGUAACAAAAUGGCUGAUUUUUCAAUAAAAAUAGAACUUUGAAUCGCCAUAUCUUCGCACUGCCUUGUUGUAUUUUUAAUGUUUUUACAGUUUUGAGAUCCUUAUAGGACAAUCUUUUGGAAAAAGUUACUAGCAUGUUCUUAGUUCGUGUUUAAUUUUUUGGCGCCAAAGUUGGCACGUCAUUUUCCCGCCAAAAUGUAACAAAAUCGAAAAACAAAAAACAUACGAUUUCUAGGAAUGUUAAGUUCUAUCCUGUGAGGGAGUUUCGUGAUAUUCCAAACUAACGAGAGAAAGUUAUAUGUACUUGGCCAAAUUCGCUGUCUUUUAUGCCCACCGUGAACAGUUGACAAUGCCCGACAAAUGCUUGGGGGAGGGAGGGAGUGGCACCCAUGGAAUUGAUUGAGACAUUACACUGUGAUAGGUUAAAUAUUUUUAUUCUUUUAUAAUAAGAAUAUGAGUAAUUGACUAGAAUGAGGGCCUGAUACAUCUCUGUCUGGCCACAUGUAGUAAAUACAAAAUCCAGCUUUUCACCUAAUUGGUCUAUCACACCAAAAGAUUUUAACCUUUCUUUUGAAUUAGUUAAACAAAAAAUUUAAUCUGCCUUUCAAAUUAGUUAAAAGGCCACUCGGGGCCUACGGCCCUCAUGACCUUUUAACUAAUUCUCGAGACUCUAUAUUGCAUAGAGCACAUGUGACCAUGCUCUAACCAUUACAUAGCAUUUGUGUUCCCUUUCAUAAUUAGCAUGCGUUCACAUUUAUAUGGCUUUAUUUUCAUUUGUAGGUGUUUGCUUUUAUUUGCUUUUGCUCUAGAUUGUGUUGACUUUCACUUGCUUAAUUCGCUUUAAAAUUUAGUUUUUGUUUUCAUUUGCCUUUGUUUUCAUCAGAAAUCAUUAUAAUUAUUUUAUAUUAUUUAAUUUAAUUUUAUUUAAUUUAAAAAAUAAAAUUAUGUCAAGGGGCCACAAAAUACGGUGUUUUUCAGAGGUCUCAGUACAUUUUUAAUAAAAAACUUUUUUGAAAAUAAUUUUGAAACAAAUGAUAGCGAUAUUGCGUUUAUUAAACGACGUUUCGAUGCUACAGCGUGCAUCAUUUUCAAGUUAUAGCACAGAAUAGAAAGUAAGACAAAGUAUUCUGGUAGACAAAGCAUUCCAUAACGAGUGGUUCGAUAAGACAUAUCAUCUACAGCUCGAAAGAUCGGAAUUAACCAACUUGUUGAACUUGGCCGUGAAGAACCAACUUUUCCAGUUAGAUGGUAAGCUGUACCGGCAGGUAGACGGCGUUGCGAUGGGAUCACCACUUGGCCCCUUGAUGGCGAACACCUUCAUGUGUUCGAUUGAACAGAAUCUCGUUGACAACAACCGUAUGCCCUCGUUUUCCCACCGUUUUAUAACAAACGUACUUGCAGGGAGGUGAGUCCGGGAUUGGACGCACCGAGGGUGGCUGUACUCGCUUUUUCGUGAGGGUGGCUGUACUCGCUUAUAUUCGUCGAUGUUUUGUGAACAUUUUCCCGGCCAAAAAAAUCACUGGGCAAGAAAAUACUUCUUUAUCUACGUCUACAUUACCUUUACUGCAUUUUUUCUUUGGUUUUUCUUUAGUCUCAGUAUGUUAGUCACCGAAAAAAGUUCUUUAAAGUUUAGGUUUAUCGCCUAAAUCUUGUCCGCCAUAUUUGUUAUUGUUAUUGCAACGUAAGCAGUUUAGCGGGUGAGUUCGGGCGAAAAGCAGGUGAGUUCGGCAAAAGCAGGUGAGCUCGACGACAAGCUCACCUGCUCUAAACCAAUCAGAAAGCCGCUUUUAACACAGGUAUGGGAUAAUGUUGAUGACACCAUUACCACCCAACGAAGUUUAGCAUCGUCAGGAGAUUUUCUUAAUACCCUCAACAACUGCCAUCCAUCCUUGAAUUUUACAAUGGAAUGUGAAGUUGACGGGAAGCUGCCUUUUCUUGGUAUGGAAGCGAUAAGAACGCAUGGCCAUAUCGAAACGAAAGUCUACGUUAAACCAACAAAUACCGGUGUCACAGGAGAUUCGCCCCUCCCAGGAGUUUCGCCCCCCCUCUCAAAAGGGGGGCGAUAUUCCUAGGAGAUUUGCCCCCCCGGGGCGAAUCUCCUAGGAAUAUCGCCCCCCCAGGGGGGGAAUCUCCUAGGAAUAUCGCCCCCCUUUAGGAAUUUUGCCCCCCCCAUAUAAAUUUUGAAUUUUUGAUCUAAAAACAAAACGAUUGCAAGUUGAAAAGAUUUAUUGUGUGAUUUAUUCAUUUAUUUAUUACAAGGAGACAAAAUUACAUACACAUUUUAGGCUUCUUAGCAGCUGGUAGUGUGCACACUGCACAGUCUGCCACUCAUUUGAGGUACUUAGACUAGUGUCAUAUUCUACACAUCUAAAGUGGAACCAUUGCCCACAGAGAUCGCAUAAAAUCAUGUUGUCGUAUUCUUCUGACAGUUUACAUUCACAUAACGUAUUAUAAAAACAAUCGCUUGCAAAUUUUAUCAAUACUAGUGUUAACAAUAGCCGCCACAGUAAUCACUUGCUAACAAUAAACUAUAGGAUUAACAAAAAAUCUAUGGAAUGUGUUGGGAAGCGUAUUGACUAUUGCCUGUUGAAUCUUCAACUUUCCAUGUCAGUGUUAGUGAUGUAAUCUUGAUUCUUGACUUCCGCAAAGAAAAUUGCAUUAUAUAUGUGGUGUGGUUUAUUCAAAUAAUUCCAUGAUACUUUGAUACAUGAUACCAUGAUUUUAUUAGUGCCUUAAACAUUUGAGAAUGUAACUCUGCAAAACUAAAAGCUUUUCUGUCUUUAGUCUUUCAGUUGAAACGUAUAUUAUUGGAGUAUUGCCUAUUGGCAAGUUCUACCCUUCGCUUCUGAGAUUUACAAACUAUAUUGAAAUAAUGCAAGUAAAAAAUAGUGACAACUUAUAAGCCACACAUUUUCCAAUAACGACAAAACGUGGAUGCAAAACAAUACCAAUAAUUACAAUAACCACCACGGUGAUUACUUUUUAACAAUGAGUUUAAGGAUUAACACUGAAAAUGCAAAAUAUGCAUGGUGUGCUGUGAAGCGUCAUAAGUCCUAAUGAUCUACUGUAACUGUGUAAGCCCUUUAGAUACAUGUAACUGUAAAUUUGUAUUCUUACAUGCAGGGCUUGAAAUAAUAAACGUUCCCAAAGUUCCCGAUCAUGGUGAUCGGCAGUCAUGACUUUCCCUGCUUUUUUCAGGUUGGAAACCGAAACCCUGCUUUUGCCGAUCAUAAGCAAUUAAUUCCUUGCCGAUCGGUGAUCGGUUGUUAUUUCAAGCUCUGUCUUAACAAUUUUGAAUUGAUAUUGAUUUCAAAUUAUUAAAGCCAUGUAAUAAUUAUCCCAUGCAACUGUUAGGAAGGGCUAAAUAUUGAACGGAGGACGAAAAUCACAAAGAAAAGGUGAAGUUCUAAAGGGGGCGAAUUUCCUAAAGGGGGCGAAAUUCCUAGGAUUUUCGCCCCCCUGGGGGGCGAUAUUCCUAGGAAUUUCGCCCCCCGGGGGCGAAAAUGUAGGGGGGGCGAAAAUCCUGGGACACCGGCCUCCUUCUCCACUACCAGAGCCAUGUCGAUCGUAGAUAUAAAAGAUCAUUGAUUAUUACCAUGCUAAACCGUGCAUUCCGUUUGUCGUCAUCCUGGAAACACUUUGUGGAAGAGUGUGAUCGUCUAAAGAGCGUUUUUGCCAAUCUACGAUAUCCUCUCAGAUUCGUUGACACAAUCAUCUCUGAGUUUGUAACCAAGAAAUACGCAGAAAUGAACAGCUCGAUUCCAACUGAGUAUGUGAAAAGAGAUGUGAUUUGCGUGGCCCUGCCGUUUAAAGAUCAGGAGUCGUCUGAUAUCGUGCGAAGACAACUCGCAGGCCUUGGUUCGGUGAUUGGUAGAACAUUAGAGCCAGUAUUUAAAAGUAGGAAGAUCAAAGACGAAGUUAAAGUUCACGAGAUAAAAGCACCAAUUGUAAAUCAACAACGCGUUGUAUACAGAAUAUAAAUGUGAUCUGUGCGAUGCAGAUUAUGUUGGCUAUACUAGUCGGCACUUACAUCAGCGCAUUGAUGAGCACAAGCGGUCGGUAAUCGGGAAGCAUACGAGAGAAGAUCACAAAGAGGAUGCGUCGAGAAUUGAAGGUUGCUUUUCAAUUCUUCGAAAAUGCCAAGGAAAGUAUGAGUAUCUUCUAUACGAAAUGUUGUAUAUUAAGGAACUAUCGCCGUCCUUGAACACUCAAUGGGACUCGAUUCGUUCAAAACUUUAUACUUAGUCCUAUAAUUAAUGGGCUUUAUGUUUGUUUUGUUUAGUAUGUUUGUUUGUUGUUUUUUGUGUACAUGUUUGAUACAUUUAUGAAAGACAGAAAUAUGUUUAAUCUGUUUUAUGUUUUUUAAUGUAAUUUAUUACGUAAUAUAAAUUUAAAUUUUGCAUGCUUACGCAAUAAUUUGCUAACGUGACACGAACGGUUUAAUUAAAAUCAACGCAAUAUUUAACAAUUAUUCGCCGAAGGCAAGGUGAUUAUCGGUGAAUAAAAACCGAGACGAAGUCGAGGUUUUUAUUCACGAUAAUCACCGAGCCUGAGGUGAAUAAUUGUUUUAGUAUAAUUUCAUAGGUGAUUAUUUGGAAAAAAUAAGAAAAUACACAUUUCUUCGUCAUUUAAUUGACAAAAAGGCUUCGGCCGCCAUUUUGAAAAUCGCUUAGGUGAUUAUCGCGUAAUAAUCACCUCAACGGCAACCAAUCAGCGUGGAGAAUUUUCAAUAAUCACCUAUGUAAUUAUACUAAAUGUAAUUACUAUUACUUGAAAAUGAUGCACGCUGUAGCAUCGAAACGUUGUUUAAUAAAUGUAAUAUCGCUGUCAUUUGUCUCAGUAAAUAGGUGUUUUAUUAUAUAGCAAGUGCCAAAGUCUCAAUAGUUUUCCUGGUAUUCCAAAACUGUAAUAAAACUUUUGAAAGAACUUUGCUUUGAAUUUGCUGUUUGACGUGAACGGCUCGUGCCUCAUUGUUGUCUGGUUGCCUCCUUGCCACAGCAUGCAGUGAACAUGACGUUUUGUGGACUGGCACGUGAUACGGUUUUGACCAAACAGCAAACAGGAAAAUUGAACUUUGACACUUGCUAUAAAAUAAAUAUAUUUGUUAUGUAGUUCGUGUCAAAGUUCAAUUUUUCUGUUUGCCGAUUGGUCAAAACCGUGUCACGUGCUGGUCCACAAAACGUCAUGUUCGGCAACCGGUCCGCAAUCAAACAUUUAUUGACCGGUCAAUAAUAAAAUGGGCGCAAUACGCAUGCGUGUCAACCAUGAAGUUCCAAAGUUCAUUUUUAAAACUUUUUUCUAAACAUUUACGGCGUUCCAUUUAUCCAGUUUUGGUUUCAAAUUAAGUUCACUCCAAUAACCGGUGAAUUAUUCAUACUUUGACACUUAUGUACUACAAAACACUUAUUUACUGAGACCUCGGGAAGGAAGUAUGUUUUGUGCCCCUCGACCGCCGUUGUUACCCUCGGCUUCGCCUCGGGCAACAACGGCGGUCUCGGGUCCACAAAAACACACUGUUUCCCUCGGUCUCAGUAAAUAAGUGAUAAUUAUCACACACUGUGCUUUUAUCAGGGCGAUAACAGGGUGACAUAAAAACGAUAUGUCACUGAUAUCGCUUUUGUCACUGAUAUCGCUUUUUGUCCCGCUACCUUACUAAUUUUGCAUUGGGGCAAUGAUUAAUAUUCUAAUAAAUUCUGAUCGUGAUAAAGGCACAAGUAUAUGAUAAACAGGUUAUCAUAAUCAGGACGUUUUUGCGCUCACUCAUGACAUUUAUCAUAUCGUCCCUCAAGCAAUAAAACUGAUAUUAGAUAGCUUAAGAUCUACGACGUCGAUGUCAGCUAGGACGUCAGGGUUAAGCAAAGGACUGGGACUAGGACGUCGUCCUAAAUAAGUAGAUAGGGACCUUAAGCAAACAGGACGGCAACGCAACGACGACGGCUAUUCACACAAUGAUAUUCUGAUCUCGUACAAAAGAAAUGAAUAAUUAAAAGCCCCACGGGAGUUACAGACGUUCUAUUAAGGCUUUUUACAACGGCAAACGAGAGAUUUUCACGUCUCGUGUACAACGCAAACAUGUCAAGACGCGACAAGUGAAACUACAAAUUUGCUCAGCAGAAGCGUUUUUAACCAUAAAGCCUUUGUUUUAAUCUCUUCAAACUGAACUCAAUUCGUAUAUACAGGCAGUGGAUAAUACACAACAACUCUUCUUCGCAAUAAUUUAUUUGAAGAAGUUUGUUUUGGCUGUCGUCGUCGCGUUGCUGUCGUACAUGCUUAAGGUCCCUGAUAUCUCAAUAUCUACGACGUCAAAUAUCUAGGGCGGCAAGCGGAAGUAAAUUGGUAAUAGUUCUUGAAUUGUCCAUGUGUCUCUCUCAAUUUGCUCGACGUCCACCAAACGUCGACAACCUCACAACAAAAGCAUAACAAACUGUAAAGGAUUCACACGUCUCUUUUAAAUUCAUUUUCAAAAGGAUGUAAAUGUUCAUAGUUUAAAUGUCGACGUCGUGAAUCUUAAGUGGAAGUUUAUUUAUUUAGGACGUCCUAGUCCCAGUCCUCUGCUUGGCCCUGACGUCCUAGCUGACGUCAACGUCGUAGAUCUUAAGCUAUCUAUUGCCUCGCCCCUCAUAUGAUAACCUAUAUGUACAUGCAAUAAUAAGUUGUUGUUUGCUAUAGCUUAACUUGCUCAAUCUUGUGGCAAUGAACAGGAAAUUUCUGUCGGCUCCAGACUGUGGCAGCUAAUUAACCAAAUGAUGGAUUAAUGAAUGAAUCCUUUUUAGUAUCCUUUGGGAACAUUAUUAAUUCUUAUUUAGUUCAUUUGUGACACAUUUGAAGAAAUAUAGAUCAGAUUUUACUGUUAAGAUUUUUCCGGAGGAUUGUGAGAUAAUUACAACGCCUACCUUCAGAAAGGUUGGAGGAUAGUCUCACUAGCAUGGCCAAAUAUAUGGUCACUAUCUUUUGAUAUGCCCAUGCAUAACUGAAACUGUCAACAUGCUCCAUUGUUCACUAACUGAGCUAUAUGGGGCUUUGGUGGCGUGAUCAUCAGAGCAAGCAUCUUUCACCUAUGAGAUGGUGCGUUUAAUUAUUUUGUUGCCCACUCAUAUGAAAAGAGUUGCGACUCUUUGUUCAUCAAUGCUCUGCCUAUUGAAUAGUCGUGGAUUUUCUCCAGGUCCAACCACAAGGAAAGUUGACUGGGUGGGUUAGGAUAAACAAAGUUAAGAAAGUAAUCACAAUUGUUGUAAAAGAUAAAAUACCGGUAGUCUAGGCUAAGUACACAGGAAAAAAACCCUAGCCUGUAACAAUGUUGAUGAAAACAGGCCUGAACAAUAUUUUGCUGCCCAUAUUGUUCCUGGUUGUUAACAAUAUUGUUCAGCAUUGCUUAGGUGAACAAUGCUGAACAAUAUUGUUAACAACCAAGAACAAUAUGGGCAGCAAAAUAUUGUUCAGGCCUGUUUUCAACAACAUUGUUACAGGCUAGGCGUUUUUUGCAGUGUACAGUAUGUAUGUAAUUAGAUAAGCAUAAUACUUGAUGUAAAGUGCAUUUGAUAAUAUCCACAUAGAAAUUUGCGCUAUGGAAAUGUAUAUGAGUUCUUGUGGCCAAUUGAAUUCCUUCCACACUGGUAAACGUUAACCAUUCACAUAAAAUAUACAAAAUGUGAUACCACUUUGCAACUAUGUACUAUAUUGCAGUAAUAUGGUAAGUUGCACUCACAAAAGUUGCCUGUACAAUUAUACCCAGUCAACUCAACCAAAGCUGAACAUUCUCAACUUCCCAGCAUGAGCAUUCAUGGUUUUGUUAAAAAAUGUUUACCAGUCCUGUUUAUUGAGCUAUAAUUAUAAUGUUUUGGACGUAUCGUGAUGUGUACUUGUAUUAACGUAACAUUUAAUGAUGUGUUCAUUUAUAUUGUUUGUAUAGAUUAGUGAAGCACAGAAUCUUUUUCAAAGCUAUUUAAGUCUUAAUAAUCAGUUAAAAGAACAUUUUGAUGAGCUGCAAAAGAACGUUGAGUCAGAACCUGAGAAAUGGAACAAUGUUCUGGCCAAAGCUGAAAAAACCAAGGUUAGUACAGGAGUAUUUCUCAUUUCAUUAAAAAAUAUGUCUGACCUUGCAAACUCCUUAGAUAUGCUAUUGUGUACAUAUAUUUCCUAAGAGAUCCCCAGUGCUGCUUAUACUGGACCCCUACGAAACUUAGUUAAGUCUAUAUUUUUACAUCCCUGCAUGUUAAUGUUUUUAUAUUCUGUUUUAUCAGGCACACAUAAAUGGCGAUUAUAGGAAGGCCAGAUAUCACUAACCACCGGUUUGUGAUUUUCCCAACUUUUCUAAAAAUGCUUGAAAAACUGCGAAACCACAGAUAUAUGCAUGGACGUGCAAAUUAUAAACAGAAACUUUAUAAAUACUCAAAUUUAAUCUGGGUUGCACCAAUCAAUGAGCAAUUUUAGAAAGCUUGAAAAAAUCAUGAGGGUAGUGAUUUUUCAACCUUUUUGAAAUUGUCCGUUGAUUGACAGUAGCGUAACCAACCCGACGAUUUAGUCCCGCUAUAUGCAAAUAUUUUCAUGUUCAUUGACUGUGAAAACAAUCAAUUUCUAAAGAAAUGAAUAAUGAUAAUAAUUUUGAAUUUGCAUAGCGGGACUAAAUUGUCGGGCUGGCUACGCCACUGUUGAUUGAUAUAACCCAGAUUAAAUUUUAGGGUCUAUAAAUUGAAGUCUCUUGUGAAGUCCAUAUAUCUUAUUGACAUAUAAUCCGGCCGAGUAUUUUACGAAUUUCGAACGUAGAAAAAUGCGAGAAACGAGUGACGCUCUCAGAUUUUUCGUGUUCUCAUGACCUUAUUUGGUAAAAUCACGUCAUUGUCAUACAAUAAAUAUCCGUAUUUUAAUACCGCUUCAAGCAUUUUUACAACGGUCGAAAAAAUAACUGUGGAUAGCGACCUUCGUACAACCUCCGCAGUUUAUUUGAUACUCUGUAUCAACUAUUAUCAAGUUCAACCUCAAAAUGUUCUUAAACACUGUGGUUUUAUUUCUGUGUAGGAGGAGAUCACGUCUGUUCAAAAAAUUUUGAACGACCCGCAUAUCAUGCAGGAUCUUCAGGAAAAAAUUCAUAAACGGAAACAGAAACGAGUAAGUACAUGAUAGGAUGAUAAAAUGGCGGCCAUGUUGGUGCCAAAUGCAAUGAAAGAUACUGAGAUUUUUUUAUGAAGUAUCACCAACAUACAUGCCGCCGUGACGUAACGUGCAAUAGACUCACUGUGCCGUGUGUGUCAAAGCAUGUAAAUACAUCACCUCCCUGUCCUUUCCCGUGUGGAAGAAGAGAAGAUGUCUGGCCAAAGAAAAUAUGAUUUAUUGUAAGCCAUAUAUCCUUGACAAGGUAUUUUAAUCCUGUAGUUAAUCCUGAUGUUUGAAUGUAAUCUAUACAUCCUGUAUGUAAUGUUUACAAAGUAUAGCAACAUAUUGUAUAGUGCCUAAAUACUAUGUUGGCAUCUAUCCAGGAAUGGACGAAAUUUUGAUGAACUAGUGGAAUUAAAUAACGCGAUACAGCUCCAUGCACCCAUCCCGCCUUAUAUAAAAGAUGCGUUUAUUUACCUACUUAAACUUCCGUUCUUGCGUGGAUGUCUUUGCGGCUGCAGAAAUUCGCCACUGCUGUAACCGUCACCCUGGUGUGGAACUAUAUUUAUUAAGUUGUAAAUUAUUUUAUGUUGAACUUGGCAGUUAUGGUUAAAAAAUCGCCGAAGACGACGUUAUUUGGAGAAACAGGAGGAUGAAGAGAGAAGGAAAGUUCUACAUGAAAAAAUUGAUCUUUGGCAGAAAGAAAUCAGAGAGAAAGAUCUCGCUGCUAGAAAGGUAGUAUUUAUAAAUAAAUUUUGUUUUUUGUAGUGUAUAACUUGACAGUACAAGGGAAGAUGAACACUACUUAAUAAACUGCUGUUGCAGUUCGAGACGAAGGGAUAUGGGGCAAGCAACCCACAAUAGCUUUUGCAGCAAAAUAAUAUUUGCAACCUGCCUUUGAUCACAUGUUGCACUUAAUUAAACUGAUAGGUUAAAUAAUCACUCAUAAUAGUAAAAAUGCAUUUGGAGCAUUCCAGGGGGGGGGGGGAGUAGAAACAGUGUACGUCGUUGAAUUUGUAAAAUAGGUAUAUUAUUUAUUUAUACGCGAACAGAGCUCUCAGCUCUGCGCAAUGGUGUUUGAUAUGUACAGUAUAGCAGUAGUCGUUCUUAGAAUAGUCUUGUACCUGGCAUGUUGGUGACACAGUGGUUUAUAGUGCUUUUCACCUCUGGGACUGGGUUUUGAUUCCUGUAUACUUUGCAGUUGUCUGAUUAUAAUUUCACCUCUAGCACAUGUGAGACGAGUUUUCCAGUUUGACUCUCCCAAACACCGCACUUUCCAACUUCAAUAACACUCGACCAAAACGAGAUGACUCCAUACUGACCUCAAGCAAUAACAGAAAUGAUAGACUUUAGUUUUAGGUUUAGAACGGCUGCACACCAGUAUUUGCAUGAUAUAAUGUCGUUUUAUAUGGAACUGUAAUGUUUUUCUACUUUAUUGCAUUAUUUUUCUCUUGUGUUUUCAGGCGGCAUCUUUAAAACAUGAAGCAGGUGGUGUGUUGGGGGAAGUAAGACGUAAACUGCAAGAUUGUCACAAAUUACAAGAAUUAACCAAAUCUCUUGUGAAGUUACGAGAACUUAGAAAAUCUGAGGGCGAGAAGAAAGGUCUGUCCAAAUAUAGAAAUAGGAAACAGUGUUAAAUAAAGAAACAACAAAGGAAAAGAUGGCAUUCUUUUCUGUGUCAAAUUGAAAAAACUGUCCUCGCUGAAUUGGAAUUUACCUUCUCACGGGGGCCCAUAUCCGCCAUUAGUAUGGUGCUGUCUUCCCACGCCAGAUAAUUUAAUAGCGAAUUUAAAAAAUGUGAAAAGCGACUUUUCAAAGUUGUAACUGUAAAUGUACCGUUAUACGCACAACUAUUUAUUGGGACCCCGUUAUUGGAGAUCUCUGUGGUCAGUGCCUGCCAUCGCGUACUUGUCAUUAUCUUACAAAUGUAUGUUUGUAUUGACUGGCGAAUCUUAUAGAUAAAAUUUCUGUGAUAAUAAGUUGCAUUUCACGGUACGUACACUCUCAGACUUGGGAGAGGCAGUACCACACAAUGGCGGAUACGCCCAGCGCGCGAGAAAUGCUAAUUGAAUCAAAUUAUCUAAAUUACAAAUUAUCUAUUACGAUAUUGGCAGCUUCGACAGUCUCUGUCCUUUGAUUAGCUGAACUCCACAAGAAGUGUAUAGAAAAGAAAAUCAACCAACAGAUAUAUACUUGAACUGACUUAACCUCGUAGCCAGGGGUGGAAAAAUAGGCGAGCUCGCGAGCACUGCUCGCAGGAAAUGUUAAACAGCUGCAGGAAAUUCGUUUGAAUGAAGAUUUGCUAUUGAAAAUUUGAAUGAAACCUUAACACCCAUGUCCCACUAUGGGCGCAACAACAUAUGGUUGACAGACAUUAUUCCUUGAAUUUAAAACCAUGGUCAUCUUGAACACCAUAUGUUUAUGCACAUGCAAGUCUGCAGGAAAUUUUUGUCUCCAGGUUAUAUGCUCCCAGGAAGAAAAUUCUUUUUUCCUGCCCUGCUCCUAGCUCAGUUGUUAUAGAGGCUAGCAAUUUAUUUCCGUAGAAUUAUGUAUUGGACCCCGUUAUUGGAGAGUGCCUCUGCGGUUAGUCCCUGCCUGUGUUGUAUAUAAAUUUUGUCUAGUCUAAUUUAUGUCUGUUAUGUUUGGCGAAUCUUGUAAAUAAAUAAAUAAGUCAAAUAGGGGGAUGCAUGUUCUAUUCCCACCGACAUCAAAUGAUUUUUCAGCGCGCCCGAUGUAGAAUAGCCUGUGUGCAUGCAGACUAUUAUGAUUACAGCAUAAUACAGUCUGUACGCAAGCUAGAACUACUCGGAAUAGCAUCAUCUAAUAUAAAUUCAGAAAUUGAUUUAGGAUGAAUAGAACCUAUGCAGAGAACCUAUGAUCUGUACCAACGUUAUUAAAUUAAUAAUAUUUCAUGAUCUAGGUGUUUAUCCCAAGACAUCAUCGAGUGAAGAUGACAAUUUCACGACAAGAUGUGAAUAUGUUGACAAGAUGGUUGAUGGAAGGAUUAAGACUUACGAAGAAGAAGAGAAAGCUUUGGGAGUGAUCAUCAUGGAAGAGGAGGGAGAACGAGAGAAAAAAGAAAAACAACAAAGACUGGAAGAAAAGGCGCUGCUUAACUUAAGUAAAGGUAACGUUCUAGGUUUUAUGAUUGAGCUUAGUAAAGGUUUAUAGAUUGUAUAUUUAACUAUUGUAUAUUUAACUUAACUUACAUAUAUGUUGGGUUUUAUAUUUAAAAUGAGAAAAUACUGGAACAUAAAAAGUCAAAACAUUUAGACAAUUAAAGAGAAUUUUGACGUUUUAGAUGUUUCGGAUCUACUUAGACAUACUGGAUGCAAUGUAAUAAAUAACUUUAUGAAUACGAUAAAAGUAUUAAUUCUAAACAUGUGUUGGCAUAUUAUAAUUACAGUUGUUUUAAGUCUAGUGCUAUUAAAUAAUUAUGUUUUGUUAUAGGCUUUCUGUGGCUCAUUCUUUAUAAGGAAAUAUAUAUUUUUAAAAAUCAUUGAGUACAUCACAUUUUAUACUUUUCAGAAGCUGAUCCUCUCGCAGAGUUUCGUCGUUAUUAUAACCAAGCAGAUGAAAGUAUUCAAUAUCUCAUUCAAAUUAGGUAAGCAAAAUUUAGUUAUAUUUAAUAAAUAUCUAAUGCAGACAAUAUAUUUUUUAUUCCUCUAAAGUUUUAUGAAAGCUUGUUCUGCCCCAUGCAGUAUUUGCGUCAUUGCAAGCUAACUACAGUAGUCCAGGAGAUCAACCUCGUUUCCAAGGCUUUACGUGCCAUUAUAACAUCGCGAAGCUUUCUUUUCCUUUUAUUCUGCGCAGAGGCUUUAACCACCGGGUGAGAGAAACACACGCAGAAGAAAAGGGAGUGUUUACUUUCUGUAAAAUUCUACAGGCUCUACAUGCAUGCAGUUUAGAAACGGCUACUUAUAUAACAUGAGUUCUAUUUUAGGAGAGAAUGGGACAUAUUCAUCACAUAAUUGUAGCUGUUCCUUAUUUCGUUAUAACCAGUCAUUAAAACAUUGUUUCAUGAAAAACAUGAUUUAUCUUCCAUCGCCCCUGACAUAAUUGUAUAGAUCUAUAUUAACCAGUCAUUAAAACAUGAUUUUAAAAACAUGAUUAUCUUCCAGGAGAGAAUGGGAUAUCUACCUCACUCCUGACGUGACUUUGGGCAGCAGAGUCCCGGAUGAAGACAUCACCGCUGGCCCUCCCACAAGCAGUUUGUGGGCGUCUGUUCUAGAGGUAUAAACACCAAUAUAACAAUUUAAUAUAUUUUAACUCGGUUUGUUUCGUUUUCUCGAACAACUAUGUUUUACAGAGUCAGAAUGACAAACUGAGUGUUCUUUCUGAUUUCAGGCUGGCGAUGAACAGAGCAAGAAUUUAAAAUAA